CUACAACCUGACGUCAUUGCUGUCAAAUUGGUCGAGUUUGUCGCGGACAGUGAAAUCAAAGGGCGAUCCCGGGAAAAUUCCGAAUUUCUGGCUCAAUCUUGAACCCUAGCAGCUUCUGCACGUCAACCAUGUGACCACCUAAUUCAAUACAUUCCGAAUUUCGACUUGGCCAUUGCGUAAACGGCGUGAAACUGGGUGUGUGAAAAAAGUUCCUCUGCCCAACAAGAAUUCCAUUGCAACCCGUCCAGUGGUGGAGUAGGUGCGUUUGUGUGUAAGCGUUUGACAGCGGCGGGUCGGCGCCCCAUAACGUGCGUGACGUUACCGUAAGACACACGGACGCAUUGCAAUAAGGAGUUGUGUACGGACAGCGCAAUGUUGGGAAACAAAUGAAUGAAUUGGAAUUGUGUUGGUGUACUACGGCGACCGCCACUCGUCCAUCCGUCUGACGGUGGAAUGUCAAAAUUGAUUGUGCUAAUCGGUCCAAGUGGAAGCGUUUCUGUAACCCUCGGGCGUUUGUCAUUGUUACAUUGUGUCGUGAACGAGCCGUGAGUGCUGCGGGUGGAGUGUUUUGGAGCGGAUCGAACGGGUUGCGGGCGUGCGACCAAGCGGUGAACUGCUAAGCCGGGGCCCGAGAAGUUGUGCGAAUCGAUUUGCGGCCGCUUGACCGCGCGACUCUUGUGGAUUUUCGCGUUUGAAGCUGAGCACUUUGCGGGCAUCCUUCCGCGUUGGACAGGUCCGGUGUACUUCCGUCAACGGAGACAACGACGACGCCCUUCCGUCCAGCAUGCAGCAAUGAAACACUUCUCGAAAUUAUUCAGAGAGACGGCUCGUGGACAACACUCAAUCUAUUCAUUUGUGUAAUGCAUAAAGACAAAUAAAAAAAGGAAAUAACGACGAGGUGUUAGCAAAAAAGUUCCCCCUUUGACUGCAACAAUGUCUUAUCAAUCCCAAACUUCUUUUAAACGAACAUUAACCCAGUUAGACAAAUAUUAGGACAUCUAACCCCGAGAAAGUGACAAAUCGUAAAAAUGUAAAUUAAAAUUGUGAUCUGUUGUAUGAAAUUCGUGAAUAAUAAUUGAAAAAUUAUCUAUUGGUGUAAUGUGGACCAUGUACAGAUUAAACACAUUUGAAAAUUUUAUGUUUCAAUGAACUCAGUUCAAUCGAACAGAUUAAGAAGUAGCUGGCGGUUUUUCUAUAUUUACAUGUAUGCUGUUUGUUGGAAAUAACAUUUUUCACCCCCAUACUGAUAGUUUCUAGCUGUGAUAGAAAUUAAACAUCCACAUCUGUUGAUAAAGUAGUAUUACGUACAUAUAGAAAAAUCGCAUUUUGAACAGCCAAUCUGUUUGCGGGCUAGCCAUUAUUUAUUCGGGAUUGUUUUUCAUCGAAACGAGUGAAUGUAAUUCACUGAAAAAUCAAGACAAUAUGACGGUGGACUUUAACGAUUAUUUCUGGGGCGAGAAAAAUAAUGGAUACGAUGUCCUUUAUCACAACAUGAAAUAUGGACUUGUUGCUAGCAAGGAAUUGUCGGACUUUUUCCGGGAGAAAUGCAAUAUCGAAGAACAUAACUCCAAAUUUCUCACGAAGCUAGCAAAUAAGGCGGGAUCUGGUACACUAAAUGGCACAUUUGCACCUGUUUGGGUCAUUCUGCGCUCAUCAGCGGAACGACUGUCCAGCCUUCAUCUACAAAUGGUACAAAAAAUAUCGGAAUUAGUUAAGGACGUUUCAAAAUAUGCAGACGAAUUGCAUAAAAAGCACAAGACAGUGAAGGAGGAAGAAUCGGGAACAUUGGAUGCCGUUCAGGCUAUGCAAGCAUCAACACUAGCCGUUCAGAAGGCGAAAGAUUUGUAUACGAGCAAAUUACAAGAGCUAGAGAAACUGAAAAAGGAUAAUGGAUCGCCGAAAGAUUUAGAGAAGGCCGAAACGAAACUGCGAAAGCAGCAAGAUGAAUAUAAAAAUUUGGUUGAGAAACAUAAUCCAGUUAAGGCAGAAUUCGAAAGAAGGAUGACAGCAACGUGUAGGCGUUUUCAAGAAAUCGAAGAAGCACAUCUGCGCCAAAUGAGGGAGUUUUUGUCUACCUACUUAGAACUUUUGCAAAACAACCACGACAUGGUUGGACAGGUCCAUUCUGAUUUCAAACGUCAAUUCCUAGAAAUGACUGUCGAUAAACUCCUGGAGCAAUUCGUCCUCAAUAAAUACACUGGAUUAGAAAAGCCAGAAAUAGCUGAGCUUGAACUAAUCAAGUUGCCAUCAACACCGAGCUCCUCCCACCAUAGUCAAAAUCAGUCACAAACUAACACUUCAUCAAAUAUCAACAAUUCAAGUAAUUCAUCGUCGACUACUCAACAACAAAGUGGAGGAUUAUUCAAUAGUUCCACGACAACGCCAAAUGCUUCAUCAUCACUAUCUGUAACAAAUAGCGCAGCAGCACGUGCAGCUUCACCGGAACCUACGCAGAUUACAACAGCAAGUAGUACCAAGCGUGAAUUGAAUUUACGCAAUUGGUUUUCAUCGAAUACGACGUCAAGUCGUAAUGACAAACGUUCAGAAACUCCGGCCAAUUUAAUGACUGUAACUGUGGAGAAUAACACCCAGGACAUACAAAGCUCGUUCAUUUCACCUGCAUUGAGUCAAUUGUCCGAACAGACAGCAUCGUCGACCCCAAACAAAGGGCAACAGGAUGUGCAGGAACAACAAUCUCAGCAGCAACAACAGCAACAAGCACAGCCGCCGCAACAACAGCAACAACAAAAAUCUUCCCGCCGCACUACUUCCCUCCUAAAUCUCUUCAUGUCUAAUUCUCAGGGAAGCCGAGAAAGUCGUGAUACGCCUUCAAUUGAAGCGCUAUCAGCUCCAACAAGUCCCAGUGAACAGGUUCCAAAUCAAAAUGCAAAUGCACAAAUUGGACGGAAUCCUUUAUUAAGAGGAUCAAAAUUUUCAGGAAUACUCCGCAGUCGACGUGACAAAGCUAAAACGAAAAAAUCAAAGAAAAAGAAAGAUUCGGAAACUGUCAAUAACAAGGAUGAAAAAUCAGUUGUCGAGGAGAAGGAGGAGCCACCGAAAGAAGAAUCUACUCCAACUACUGUACAAAGAACAACAACUCCACAAAUACCAUCUGGCGUAGCACCAACAGCUACCCCCGAGGUUGACGAGGACGGCUACAGUAUACAGCCGCGAAAAGAAACCGCUUGGGAAGAUACUCAUGAAAAAGGAAGUUUUUAUUCAAGCUCGGAUUCAGAUUCAGAGAAUGAAAGACCCGAUAAAAAGAUCCAUGUAGAAAUUAAACCCCUCAAUAACGGUUCAGCGCCUAUAUCAGCAAGUGUUGAUGAACUCAGAGCGACCGUAGGAAAUAUUUCAUUAUCACCGAUUGGUAUUCUUUCUAAUCGACGCGGAUCUAACACUGAUCAUAAUGAAAUUCAUAUGAAACGUUCACAAUCGGUUUCACAACAAAUUGGCGAUAAGCCUAGUAAUGAUCUACUAGGAUUAAAUUUAUUUCAACAGCAUAGUCAACAUAUUCAAACAUCAAGUGUGUCGAAUAGUCAGGCGAAUAGUUUAUCACAACAACAAAGUCCAGGUGCAUCGAAUGCAUCAACACCAACUGCUGUUCAUCCAUACGCGCCUCUACAAUCGCCAACAUUAUCCGUUUCAAAUACAUCUAGAUAUGCCGAACUAGGUGACAUAUUCUCAGAAAUAAAUGAACUAAGUGCCUCCGCACCAGCAUCAGCAAGUGCUUUGUCGAAAAGUACCCGACAAAUUCCAACUCCUACAUCUGGUAAUAGCAUAGCGAUACCCAGACCACCAUCAAGACGAUCAGAGACUGGUAUAAGAGGACGAGUGAGUCCAUCGUCGAUAUCAAGAGCGGACAGUGUUGGUAGUAUGGAAUUUCGUACAGCUGUUGGUAUUGGAUCGUCACGUGGACCAUCACCGCUUACUAUCGGUAUGAGCGAUACAAUACCGCUAGCUGUUGCAUUCCAUGAAAUCAUCCAUGCUUAUUUCAGAGGCAGCGAUGAAUCAAGAUGUCAAGUGAAAAUGUCGGGAGAGAUGAUGCUUUCUUUCCCAGCUGGAAUUGUUAGCGUUUUGGCUAAUAAUCCUAGUCCAGCUAAGUUAGGUUUUCGAAUUAAGAAUGUACAGAAUCUCGAGAAUGUAAUACCGAAUAAGCAGUUAGUUCAAGUUGACAAAUUGCAGUCAACAAGCUUCAGUUCACUUCUGGAGUUCAAUAUGCCUGCCUUAACAGCUUUAUUACGACGUCAAUCAGAACAGAAUCCAAAUGCGUCAUACUUUAACGUUGACAUACUCAAAUAUCAAAUGCGAGUGAAACCAGGAGCAUCAUCGUGUCCUCUACAGCUGGUUAGCUAUUGGAAAUGUGAACCCGCCCACACUGCACUGAAAAUCGAUUACAAAUACAACAGCCAUGCAAUGGCUUCCCCAUCACCUUUACUAAAUGUUGCGAUUUCUGUACCAGUAGACGGUGGAGUUCGGAAUGUACAGUCGAAACCUCAUUCAGCAUGGCUAGGAGAGUCGAAUCGCUUAGUAUGGAACUUCACCGAUAUUUCUCAACAUUCUGAAGGUAAUGGGGUUGGAACAUUACGUGCUCGUCUAGAAGUAGGUAGUGGACCGUCGACACCAUCAAAAUUGAGCGCCCAAUUUAAUUGUGAAGGUACAACAUUGUCUGGAGUUGAAUUCGAACUUGUUGGAAGUGGAUAUCGUUUGUCCCUAGUAAAACGUCGAUUUGUAUCAGGUAAAUACAUUUGUGAAGGAGAUGGAAUUCGAAGUACUGCAACCCCAACGCCACCAUCAGUCGGAUCAUCUAGCCCAUACUCAGCCAAAUCUGGAUAGUCAGCUAAUUUCCAUUUAGCUUUCAAUAUAUUUUCAUGGCGCACCACACCAUUUAUACUCACUCACAAAUACACGUUAUAAACAAAAGCAAGACACAUUUUUAUAUAAGCAGCAUAAGAGCAUUGCAUUAUUUUAGUGAUCAUCUGAAAACUAAAAAUAGCGCUAAACAAACGUUUCUAUUCAUAUAUUAGCAAAACGAGAAGAAAACUUGACUAACAAUGAAAAUUGUGACCAUAAAUCGAAAGCUGAGGCAAGAUGUUUAGAUAUAAUGAAAUAGUCGAUUAUAAUACGUUUAAAACAGGAGAAUUGAAAGUUAAUGAAAACAAAUGCGAUACAAAUGCAAAAUAUAAUUUUGAGACAAGAGAAAAAAAGUGUAUGAUAAGAUCUUCAAUUACAAAUUAUAAUUUAGAUAGAAUGUAACUUUUUGUAUAUUAAUGUAGAAAAGGACAUGUUCUUUGCUUAAUAAAACAGUAUCCGCUUAUUUUGUAAUUACUGUCGGUGUAUACAUAUGUUCGUUUAAAACACAAAACUCUGCGUUAAGUUUAAUUCCAAUAAUAAUUUUAACCUUCUGAAGCUCAGCCCACAGAAGAAAGUGACACGAAAUUGCUAGUUUGCUCCUACUUUCAGCCAACUUGAAUUUAAUCAUUAGGUUUGUGAGUUUUUUCCAGCAAGGGCCCCCUUUUUCAUUUAAAUUUGAUGAAUAAGAAUCAACAUGAGGAGCAAUCUCUAUUGAUACUCACUAUUCUCUCAUUGUGAAUCGAAGACUCACUGUUCGCUAAAAAUGUUUCCCAGAUACAACUUUAUUUCUAGAAUAGUUAUAAAUUUUUUCUGGGCAUGUUUCAGGAGCCAUAUCAAAGGCACAUCCAAAAAAACGCUCAAUGCAGAAACACAGUGCAAAGCGGUAUGAGGAUAGCAAUUAAGCAAUUUUUGAGAAACAUAUCUACCGAGAAACCGAUUAUACACUAUGCGCUUUUCUUUUGCAGAUUUCGUGUCACGAUCUUCAUUUUUAUUUUCCUUCUGAGUUGCCGAGUCGUUUCUUUAAAAUUGAGCAAGUAACAAUUCCCCCCAAACCAUCUACUAUUUCUCCUACUCAAUCUCAAAAUGGGAUCAUUAAGUAUGAAUUACGAUACAUUCUUAUGAAUAAAAUUGAAAACUACUAUAUGAAAUCAAUAAAUUGUCAAUAGAAAAAAGUAAACCUAUUUAUACGCUCUGUACUAUUAGACUAUAUUUAAAAGUUAGUUAGCUUCUUUACUACUAUGGUGUUAUUGAAACCGAUGUUAUAUUUUCAAAGAAGAACACGAACGAGCAUUUAUAACUAGGGAAAGGUAUGUAGGAAAGUUCACGGCAAGAUGAAUGAUAUGUUAACUUCUGUUUUAUGAAUAUUAAAAACGAUUUUUUAAAGAAUAUAGUG